AUGGCCACCGCUUAUGUCACUGUGUUCUGUAAUGCUUCUGGUGUUAAAGUUAGUUUCUUUACUGAGUUCAAGUGGCCUGUAAAGAAUCUGACUCACCUUGAUCAUUGGAAUAUGGAUUUUCUUUCUUUUGUCUCAGCUCCUGAUAAGUUGAAAUUACCAGGGCUGAGCAGGACACCUUGCUUAUACCUUCAACUCUUAUACCAACAUGCAGACAAUCUCUCGAGGGAAAUGGUUCCUUCGAUUUUCAGGCACAAGAAGUCCAAGAAGAUUGGGGUAAGAAGUGAGGAUCUUAGGGACUCACCGGAGAAAUCAAUUAAGGGAAGCGGUAUUGCUCUUUCAUCUCCAAGGCUUGUGAUACCGGCUGCAAUUCAUGGAUUGCGGGUCCUGUCUCAGCAAAAUUUUGCCGACGAUCUUUUUGAUUUCCAGCUUGUGCCUGCUAUGUCUGGGGUGUUUGUAUACGAAGCUGCUGCUCUUGUGCAAGCAUACAGAGACAACGAUGACCUGACGCUUGUCUUCCCAGAUAGCGGGGAAGUAUCAAGUGACUAA